UCAUCUUCUGUGUGUCUUUUCCAAGUAAAGCAUGGCGAUGACCGGCCAGAGCUCGUGUUCCUCCAUGAGUAACCACACCAAGGAGCGGGUCACCAUGGCCAAAGUGACCCUGGAGAACUUCUACAGUAAUCUCAUCGCCCAGCACGAGGAGAGAGAGAUGAGGCAGCAGAAGCUGGAGAAGGUGAUGGAUCAGGAGGGCCUGGCUGAUGAAGAGAAACGAAUGCGACGUUCUCAGCAUGCGAGGAAAGAGACGGAGUUUCUGCGUCUGAAACGCACACGCCUGGGUCUUGAGGACUUCGAGUCCCUGAAGGUGAUUGGCCGAGGAGCCUUUGGAGAGGUUCGUCUGGUGCAGAAGAAAGACACCGGUCACGUCUACGCCAUGAAGAUCCUCCGCAAAGCCGACAUGCUGGAGAAAGAACAGGUGGGUCAUAUCCGAGCUGAGCGGGACAUCCUGGUAGAGGCAGACAGCCUGUGGGUGGUCAAGAUGUUCUACAGCUUCCAAGAUAAGAUGAACCUCUACCUCAUCAUGGAGUUCCUGCCUGGAGGAGACAUGAUGACUCUGCUGAUGAAGAAGGACACGCUGACAGAAGAGGCCACUCAGUUCUACAUAGCGGAGACAGUGCUGGCCAUCGACUCCAUUCACCAGCUGGGCUUCAUCCACAGAGACAUCAAACCAGACAACCUGCUGCUGGACUCCAGGGGCCACGUGAAGCUGUCGGACUUUGGACUGUGCACAGGGCUGAAGAGGGCUCACCGCACCGAGUUCUACAAGAACCUGAACCACAGCCUGCCCAGUGACCUCAGUAAACAAACCUUCCAGAACAUGAACUCCAAGAGGAAAGCAGAGACCUGGAAGAGGAACAGGAGGCAGCUGGCCUUCUCCACAGUGGGAACCCCAGACUACAUUGCUCCAGAGGUCUUCAUGCAAAAUGGAUACAACAAGCUGUGUGACUGGUGGAGUCUGGGUGUCAUCAUGUAUGAGAUGCUGAUAGGUUACCCUCCGUUCUGCUCAGAGACGCCUCAGGAGACAUACAGGAAGGUGAUGAACUGGAGAGAGACGCUGACUUUCCCUCCAGAAGUGCCUAUAUCAGAAAAGGCCAAAGACCUCAUCCUCAGGUUCUGCUGUGAGGAGGAGCACAGGAUCGGUGCUGCGGGGGUGGAGGAGAUCAAAUCCAACCCUUUCUUUGAGGGGGUGGACUACGACCAUAUCAGAGAAAGACCUGCUGCCAUCCCCAUCGAGAUCAAAAGCAUCGACGACACCUCAAACUUUGACGAGUUCCCUGAUUCAGACAUCCUCACGCCGACAGUCGCCCCGGUGUCCAACCAGACCGAGGCUGACCUGAAAAACAAGGACUGGGUCUUCAUCAACUACACCUAUAAACGCUUCGAGGGCCUGACUGCUCGAGGAGCCAUACCGUCCUACAUGAAGUCGGGGAAGAGAUGAAUGCCUUCUUUAAACAACUCCAGCUUGAAACCCAACGAGUCGUCCAAACCCCUGAAAGGAGAACCCUGUCUGUUUUCUCUGUUACCUAAACAAAUAAAGGGGCUCUUUUACCUCGCUGCUUUCCACCAUAGGAACUGCUGCUGCCUUCAUUUCUGCAGGUCUUCACUUUCUCUGACGCUUCUGAGGGUACCUUCGUACUUCCUGCUCACAGGUGGAGGCUCGCCUGGGGUUACAGUGGUGGUGAUGUCUCUGCUCCUGAUACCAGCGUCAUUUACAUUCCCUCUCUUCAAACCAGCACCGAUCUUUCGGACCUACCAAGGGCUUUUUUCCGGACUCAAACGAUGCAUUAAGUCGUCACCUGAAGUGGAUCAGGUGCUCUUCAGGGAUUCUGUCCAAACAUGUCUCUUGGUUUUCCUACAAGAGCUCCCGUCUCUGAAGUGCUGCUGGCUUCUGAAGGCAACCCUAACCAAAGACUGAAUCAUGUCACUUCUUGGAACGUAGAAAUGUAGUUUUUAUAGGUUGCGAUUUUGCUUGUUGAACAGCGUGAAUACAUGAGGAUGAUGCAUUUUAAGUCUUGUUACAUAUUCACCCAUGUUAAACCUUUUUAGCACCUUAUGUGACGUUUGAUCCGACCCCGGGACAGUCAGGCUCGUUAGGUUGUGUGUUUUUAUUGUCUUUACUGUUUUAAUGCCAUGAACAUGUCGACUGUUGGUGUCGUCAGGGCGGGAAAGCCCAGAUCAUCAUGAAACAAUACGUCUUCCCAUUUAAUCUAGUGCAGGUGUUGUAGGGUGACCUCCUCCACCUGAACUUAUUGUACAGAUUGUAAGCGUUACUGUAGGGUGGCACAAAAACAGGGAACUUGAAACAACCUUUUGUGAAUUAUGCAAAGUGAGGGGGCGCUGUUUCUGGGCUGAUGCGUUGAGUGUGGAUGAGAUAUUUCUUGGCUUGUGGGGAUAAAUGAUGGUUUCUGCUCUGAGGUCUUGUUUCCAGCUGCUUAAAUCCUCCCUGUCUGCUCCGAGUGCUGCGUUCACUGGACGCUUGAUUACUUUGAUUGAUGGAUGAAGUUACUUCUGUUUGUUGUUUUUUAAUUUUUUUUUUACAUAUAUCUUGAUUUGUAAUAGUGUGGUGGGUUAUUCCUGAGGUCAGGAUGUUGGAGGUUAUCAGCUGCUGGAGGUAAGCGCACAGCGUUGCUUUUGUCUUGUGGUCGCCUCAAAUGUGUUAAGAGGAAUGUGUAAAGAGGAAUUCCACGGCACAGCGGUGCUCGUCCUCCCAACAAGAUCCAGCGUGGACUUCCUCUUUAGAAGCACAGGGCUAAAUGUUUUCCUGGGAACACAAUAUCCAAAAUGCUGUCAUUUAAAGUGAAUGUAAAUUAAGUUUUAUGGAGACUUUCUUUUCGUUUUUGCCACAAUAAUUUCAAAAUGCUGUUUGUGUGAAUGUAGCCUGUCUGUUUUUUAUCUGGUUUCACCAUGGAUGCCCGUUCCCACAUUAACAAGACAGUCAGAAAUGAAACGCUGAUGGACUCUCCUAACAUCUGCACCUUUAUAUUUUCAUCAGGAGUUUUUACUAAAAUUUAAACUGUUAACUUUGGCUGCACAAACUCAAAUGCAAGUCGGUUUGACUUAAUCAUAUUUACACAUUAUCGUUUUAACUUAAAAGCUCUCCCCACUGUUCCAGGUUGGCAGGUGCGGGCUACCACAGGUACCAGCUGAAGGUUUUUGUUGUCUGUAAUAUAAACUGUCUUCAAGUUGUGCGUUGACGGAGCACACUGCAAGUCAUUUUAGAAAAGCACGCAGUGGAGCUUCUUUCUCUGGCAGGAGUUUUUUAAAAAACUGUUAUGGGAACUACUUUCUCCUGCGCCACAAGCUUUCACCAAACAGCAGACGAGUCGGCUUGAAGCGAGGGAGCAAGUGGAACAGCUUGUUUUGAGUGUGUGUGUGUGUGAGAGAGAGAGAGAAAAAAACACGAUGCAUUGUUGGGGUUGCUUGAAGACCUGUAUGUUUUCUACAUGUGAGGCUCAGAUGUGUGAUAUGAGCGGGGGGAGUUUGGGAAUGUGGGUGUACAUUAUUUAAACCACUGUUCUCUUUGUAGCGUGUGGCUGUCGUAUUGUUUCUGCAUUUGACAAUGAAUUACUCUGCACUUA